AUGAAGUCGAUAUUCCUCAUAUUGCUGUUCAUGCUCACUGUGGAAGCAACCCGAUUCUACUUGAAUGGAACCGUCGUCUGCGAGGCGAAGGACCCGGAAUGGUGUUUCACCAUUCAAGCUCUCGAACUGGAUUCCCUAUCCAGACCCGAAGAAAUCGCCAGAUACCACAAGUGCCUUCCUGGAAACAUCACAACGGCCCGAUAUGUUUUGGAUGGGGUGGAAGAGGAUGACGGAUGGUUUGAUAGUACCUUCGAGCUCGGUUACAAAAUAACUCACAGCUGUGGAACUUUUGACACGGAGUACGAACUUUACGCACUUCAAUUCCAAUUACCGAUCUGGAAGUUUUUCUAUUUCGAGCAAAAGUGGUUUAAUCUGACAGACAAUACUAUCAAACACGUUUCAAGCAUCUGCGACUUCCCGGAGUACCACUGUAUGGAACAAACAAAAUUCUACUUCACCGUCCUCGCAAACUUCGACGUCAAAAGACCGGAAUAUAAGAUAGUCAAACAUUGGGAAUAA